AUGGCCUGAAUACAUUAGGGGGCUGCCCACUGGGGGGGUCUUUUCCAGUAACACAACACUCCCAACCCCCCCUGAAAAACACACUCACCCUUCCAUCGCUACAUCCUCGAGAUCUAUCUAUCCCAGUGGAGUGGAUAGUUCAGGAAUAAACACACACACAGUCCUCGCCGUGGACGGUUGGCAGACCAACUAACAUGUACCUAGGGAGAAGGCCUGGACAGAGGAAGGGUGGACUGUUAUGACUGAGAAAGCAGGGAUGGUGGAAGAAGAGGAAGAGUAGACAAGUAGAAAGAAAGAAGACAGAGAGAAGUUCUUGACAGAGUUUCAAGAGGCGCUGUCGAAGAAUCACAACUGGACAUAUUCCACAGUCAGUGUGUUGGCGGUGUGAUCCCUGCUGUCCGAUAGAGGAAGAACAGAGACAGAGAGAAGGGUACUGGUCAGAGACCUGACUGUCUGGCCUGAGUCGACGAGUUAGUCAGUCAGUCCGAUAUUUGUCUUGUGUUUUGGAUCUCAGUCAGACAGGCCGUCCACCAUGUCUGUCCCCCUGGAGCAGGGCUCCUACUCCGGGGACAGGGAGCAGGCAGGUCUGGGGACCCUACAGAGACAGCUCAUCUGCCCUAUCUGUCUGGAAGUAUUCACCAAACCAGUGGUCAUCCUGCCAUGCCAACACAACCUCUGCAGGAAGUGUGCCAACGACCUCUACCAGCCCUCUCUGUUCCAGGUGCGGUCUGGAGGGAGGUUCCGCUGUCCGUCCUGCAGUCAGGAAGUUGUGUUGGACCGUCACGGUGUCUACGGGCUGCAGCGCAACCUGCUGGUAGAGAAUAUUAUUGACGUCUACAAACAGGAGUCCACCAGCUCUAGAUCCCAGUCGUCAAAGCCUGCGGGCCAGCCCACCUGUGAGGAGCACGACGGUGAGAAGGUCAACAUUUACUGCAUCACCUGCCAGGUUCCCACCUGUUCCCUCUGCAAGGUGUUCGGUGCCCACAACACCUGCCAGGUGGCACCGCUAACACAGGUCUACCAGCAGCAGAAGGCUGAGCUGAGUGAGGGGGUUAGCUCCUUGGUGGCAUUGAACGGCCAGGUCCAAGCCUUCAUCAGUGAGUUGGAAGUGACCUGCAAGAAUGUUGAGGACAACUGUAAGACCCAGAAGCAGACAGUGUGUGAGAAGUUUAACCGUUUGCUCGCCAUCCUGGAGGAGCGACAGAGGAUCAUGAAGCAGCGAGUCACGUACGAGCAGGAGGAGAAGACGGGCCACGCACGUUCGCUGGUGCGAUCCUACAGAGAGAGCGUAGAGACCAACACCAAACUGGUAGAGACUGCUACGACCACCAUGGAGGAACCUGAGAUGGCUGCCUUCAUGAAGAUGGCAAAAGACUUGAUUGUAAAGGUGAAUGAGGCAUCCAGUACCUGCAUCGUGGAGACCCUGGAGCCUGGUUAUGAGAACAUGGACCACUACAGGGUCAACUUCAACGCAGAGAAGAGGGCUCUGUACAAGUUGGACUUCAUCAAAGUGGAGGAGGAGGGAGAGGAGGUUCCUGAGGCAGAACCAGAGCCGGAACCAGAAUGUGAACCAGUUCUGGACCUAAAACCGGAGACCGUUCUGGAACCAGCAACAGUUCAUGAACCAGUGGCACUGCCAGUACUGGUGCAAGAACUAGAGCCAGAAUCAGUACCACAGCCGGUGCCGGUGCUGGUGGAAGACCUACGGACAGAACCAGAGCAGGUGCCAGUGACAAAGCGACAGCUAGUUCCAGAACAUGUGGCAGUUCUAGAACCAGUAGCAUUUCCAGAACAUGGGACAGUUCUAGAACCAGUAGCAUUUCCAGAACAUGGGACUGUUCUAGAACCAGUAGCAUUUCCAGAACAUGGGACUGUUCUAGAACCAGUAGCAUUUCCAGAACAUGGGACAGUUCUAGAGCCGCUGGGAGUUCUAGAACCAGAGUCGGCAUCCAGUCAGGUCCUGGAUGCAGAGCCUGUGUUGGAGCUGAAGACAGUGGGAGAGUGUUGGGGACUGAAGGACCCAGCAGAGCUGACAGAGCAGGUCAGGGAUCAAGCAGAGGGGUGUGAUGCAGACAUGCUGAAAGAGGAGUUCUGUGACCAAGGGGGCUUAAAUACACAACAGGCUGUCACACUCUUCUUCUUCAUCCUGGCCCUGGUGAUCAUGCUGCAGACUGUGUGGGCCCACAUCAAGAGCCUUGCUUUUAUAUAGCAGAGAACAGCAGCAGGAUUCACACUACAACCUGGUUGAUAAUACUAAGAUUGAGCCUGGGUCAGAGAACCCCACACCACAGGCAGGUGGUCCCUCCUCCAACUCCUCCCCCUCCUCUCCUUCUUCCAGUGAGUCCCCUUGUCUCAGCUUCUCUUCCUCCUGGCUCAACGCUCUCUCCAAGAAGAAGAAAUGAAGAAGAGAUUGUCUGUACCACAGAGGGCCUGUCUGAACCAUCGUGGCUACAGAGGGCCUGUCUGAACCAUCGUGGCUACAGAGGGCCUGUCUGAACCAUCGUGGCUACAGAGGGCCUGUCUGAACCAUCGUGGCUACAGAGGGCCUGUCUGAACCAUCGUGGCUACAGAGGGCCUGUCUGAACCAUCGUGGCUACAGAGGGCCUGUCUGAACCAUCAUAGCUACAGAGGGCCUGUCUGAACCAUCGUGGCUACAGAGGGCCUGUCUGAACCAUCGUGGCUACAGAGGGCCUGUCUGAACCAUCAUAGCUACAGAGGGCCUGUCUGAACCAUCGUGGCUACAGAGGGCCUGUCUGAACCAUCGUGGCUACAGAGGGCCUGUCUGAACCAUCGUGGCUACAGAGGGCCUGUCUGAACCUUCAUAGCUACAGAGGGCCUGUCUGAACCAUCGUGGCUACAGAGGGCCUGUCUGAACCAUCGUGGCUACAGAGGGCCUGUCUGAACCAUCGUGGCUACAGAGGGCCUGUCUGAACCAUCAUGGCUACAGAGGGCCUGUCUGAACCAUCGUAGCUACAGAGGGCCUGUCUGAACCAUCGUGGCUACAGAGGGCCUGUCUGAACCAUCGUGGCUACAGAGGGCCUGUCUGAACCAUCGUAGCUACAGAGGGCCUGUCUGAACCAUCGUGGCUACAGAGGGCCUGUCUGAACCAUCGUGGCUACAGAGGGCCUGUCUGAACCAUCGUGGCUACAGAGGGCCUGUCUGAACCUUCAUAGCUACAGAGGGCCUGUCUGAACCAUCGUGGCUACAGAGGGCCUGUCUGAACCAUCGUGGCUACAGAGGGCCUGUCUGAACCAUCGUGGCUACAGAGGGCCUGUCUGAACCAUCGUGGCUACAGAGGGCCUGUCUGAACCAUCAUAGCUACAGAGGGCCUGUCUGAACCAUCAUAGCUACAGAGGGCCUGUCUGAACCAUCGUGGCUACAGAGGGCCUGUCUGAACCAUCGUGGCUACAGAGGGCCUGUCUGAACCAUCGUGGCUAGAGGGCCUGUCUGAACCAUCGUAGCUACAGAGGGCCUGUCUGAACCAUCGUGGCUACAGAGGGCCUGUCUGAACCAUCGUGGCUACAGAGGGCCUGUCUGAACCAUCGUGGCUAGAGGGCCUGUCUGAACCAUCGUGGCUACAAAGGGGACAGGACAGGCCAGGCAGAGACAAGGCCAAGAUGGUUGAAACUUCAAUGAUGUCAAAUUCUUCUAAUUAAAUGAUUUUUAACGUCGAGAGCUGCAUGUGUUUUCCCAGGCACACAGAGAAAAGCAUACUAAAUAUUCACUGACUAUUCUGCAGGUCUUAAAUCUGGUACCUUCUGUAAGUUAUUGUGCUCAUGUACACUAUGUGUUGGGAUAGAUACGAUUUAAAUAUCUCUUCAUUAUUUGUUCUACUUCAUUGAUUGUUAUUAUCGUGUGAUGCAUGAAGGGUCUAUCCAGUGGGCGUGUUAUCUGUUGGGACAUUUUCUUUAGCAUAUCUAGUUGUUGUUGUUCUGGCGUUGCACCGAUACAUGAUAAAUUGUCGUUUUCACUCUACUUGUUAAUCCCUGUUUACAGCACCUUCAGAAAGUUUUCACACCCACUUGACUUUUUCCACAUUUUGUUGUGCCACAGCUUGAAUUUUAAAUUGAUUAAAUUGAGAUUUUUUUGGG